AUGCGCUCAUCAGUGAGCUACAUACUGUCUCACGCGCCCGGAGAGUCCGUGAUGUCUCACCCAGACUACGCGCAACACGCUCAGCACCACGCUUGCCUGCUGGUACUGGUCAAAGGGAUUGGGGGCGUAUUAAAAAAUUUCAAUAAACUCUGGGAGCGGAUACAACGCGUCAAUAAUAUUAAAGUAACUGAUUCUUCUGGACAAGUAAGAGAUAUUUGGGUAAGGUAUGUCCGAGAUUACCCAGUUGAGAACAAUGAUUGGGGAGACUUCCAAACUCAUAGGAGGUUACUAGGCUUAAUAACGCUAAGCAAGUUUGCAAAUCAAAUAGAGCUCAAUGAAGUCUGUAGAGUUCACGAGUCUUUAAAAGUGAAAUAUUCUAGUACGCUAUAUGACUCACGAGCUUUCAUGUUUGGGCCUGGAAGUAACUUGAAGAAACCACAACAGGAGCCUGAAACUUACAACCCUUUUGAUGAUGAUAAGCUGAAAGAAAAAGCGAGCCUAAGUGAUAAGACAUCACUUCCAAGUGAUCAGCCAGAUAGCUUAUCUUCAGUUGGGAGUUUUCCUAGAUCCACAUCUUCUAAUACAUCAUAUUCAGUGCAAGAAGAAAAUUUUACGACCCCAUCGAAUUUUAAGACUCAUGGACUAUUCUAUGGAGAAAACGACCCUGUGCCAGAUCUUGAGCAGCAUGUGGCCGAUCUUAUUAAUUCAUUAUUUUGGGUGGUUGAAUCAAAAAGAUUGGAAAGAUCGAGAGAGAAAUUGGAAAAGGUCUCCCUAUUGUUGGCUCCAUUUGAGAAAAGAGAUUUUGUUGGGCUUGACAUGGAAUCUCGUAAUAAUAAAAAGCGUUGUAUGGGCCGAGUUACCAAAAAUUUGGCAGACUUAACCUUACAAGCAGGAUUAAUUGCAGAAGCUCUAAGUUUAUAUCAUUCUUCUGCAGAAAUACUUAAAUCUGUUAAUGAUUGGCUUUGGUUAGCCGCAGCUAAAGAAGGUCACUGUGCAACAUCUGCUAUACUGCAAUAUCCAAGUCUCAGGAACUCCACGCCCUUACAACGUAACGCGUCUCUACAAGAAAGCUCUCCCAAUAAAACAAAGCCAUUAUCAUUAUAUCAGCCUAAUACAGACCCUUUCCGGAAAUUAAAACUUCAUUCAUCUCCAUUAAAAUCAUCUAAAACGUCUAGUCCUGUAAAUCCUCCAAGUGAACUAACUCCAUCUUCUUCUGAGAGCGUGGAAACAUCUUCCAGACAGUCUGAAACUGAUAAUGCAGAUACUGAGUCUCUAGCUUCAUCAAGUGAUAUCGACUAUCAAAGCCAAAAAUCCUACUUGAGCCCUGAUCUCCCUUCGAUUCCAAGGCAACCUCCAUCUCAAAUUAAUAACCAAUAUUUACUCAACGGAGAGGAAAUUGCAGAAAAAUACAGAAAAGCAAUAAUACAUUACAGCAAAUAUCAAAAUGCAGGAAUAAUUGAAACCGAGGCAUGUUUUAAGGCAGCUAGAAUUGCUGUUGAGCAAAAUAACAGCUUGCACGCGUCCAGUUUUCUACAAAACGUUAUAUUUAUUAAUUUAACAUUAAGUGAGCAAGAGAAAAUUCAGAGAUUCGAUACACUCGCUGAGCUCUAUAAAGAAAUCGGCUUUCUUCGAAAGGCGGCAUUUUGUCAACGCCUCGCUGCUACUAGACAAGUGAGCGCGAAUAACCCGAAUCCUGAUUGGCAACGAUGUUACUACCUCAUGUUGCACAGCUUUCCUGGUCAUAAACUUAGUCUUGAUCCUAAUUAUGUUAUUCAACAUCAAGUGGGCUGGCCAGCGCUCCAGAUCCAGUUGCUACACGAGCUGGUGGUGGCCGCCCGCCGGAUGGGGCACCCCGCGCUCGCCACGCGCCACAUGACCUUCCUGCUGCAGACCAUGUGGCCGCACCUGUCGCGCCAGGAGCACCGGGACCUGGCCAUACAGCUGCAGGCACUUUCAGCUCAGUGUGAAGGGGGUCCAGUACCUCUCGUCCUGGAAACAGGAGAAGUGAUACCUCCAGCAAACUUAACUCACGUACCAAGUUGCUCAUACUUCAAUCCACGACAAUUGCCUCCACCUCGAACACCGCAUCUUAUAAAAUCCAAAUCCAACCAAGGACCAUUCAUAUUUACACCGAUACAUUUUGGUAGCCUUGAGAGGAAAAAUAAAAAAGAUGAGGGCAAAAUGGAAUACCUCUGGGUCGAGGACGAUAUUUGUGAAGUCCAAUUGAAAUUGACCAAUCCUCUUCCUUUUGAGUUGAAAGUAUCGAACAUGCGUCUUUUAACUUCUGGCGUUGUCUUCGAAUCUAUCCCAGAGACUAUAAUUCUUGCUCCAGAUUCUCCUACUACUGUUAACCUUCACGGAACACCUAAGGAAGUUGGCGAGUUACAGAUAUUAGGCUAUUCGACCCACACUUUGGGAGUUAAGUCUAAUUGUAGACUUAAAAAUAUGCCAAUGCCUCAUAAAUUUCCUGCUUCAUUCUUAAUCGAAGUCAUUCCAAGUUUGCCAACAAUAACCAUAGAGACAACUUUGUCCCUUGCUGGAAACAUUAAUCUUUCAAAUCCAGAAAUGUCUGGUAACAUAACUAACAUCUCACUAUACAAUGGUGAGAGUACUGAAUGCGUUAUAACUAUCACGAAUACUAGCAAUGUACCAAUUGAAUAUUUGGACUUGUCAAUUCAGUCAAACAUGGAUAGCCAACUACAGUCAAAAGUAUUUCAGUGGUCAAAUGAAGAAAUACAAGCAAAAUUGCCGAUAAAUCCCAGUGAUGUGGCCACAAUAGUUAUGAAAUUAUAUGGAGAAGCUGAUUUUCUAGACUUAGGAGGAGUAGGAGAAAAUCUUUUUCCCAAUAGUUUGAUAUCUAAUUACCCUUCAAGGGUGGGUUCACCAGUUCCAAAUGCUCAAACAUCUUUACCUACACACAGUUCUAAUCCUCAUACUUCUUUAAGUAGUGGUUUGAUUGUUAAUAGGACCUCUGGGAGUUUUAGGUCUACCAAUUCACAAACAACUAGCUGGUCCGCACCACUUUCUAUUAUGCCACCGUCAAGAGGACGUCAAAUAGAAACUCAGAUUAUUAUAAGGUAUUCCGGAGGCGUUGGUAAGGAUUUGCAUUGCCGACAAUCUAUUCUUCAAAUGAAUCUUGAGUUACUACCAAGUGUGUCUAUAACUCACUGGGAUGUGUUGCCCGCUGAAAUCCCUAGUCAACUCUACCUAGUAUUGGACAUCACAAACCUAACAAACGAAGAAAUGGACUUUCACUACACUCCCACUAAACAUAUUUUAAUCGAAGGGAAGGAGUCUCGCAGGGUACCCGUUCCACUCGAUAGAUGUCCAUUUACUACCCCGAUAACUAAAAUUGAGGAAGAUACUGCUGAACCAAAAUCCAUUAGUACAGGAACAUCAAUCAAUAGUCUUGAACUAAUGUGUUCUGAACAUUUAACUAAGAAUGUAGAUCUACAAUGGCACUUACUACAAUCAAAUAUAACUGGUCGCGCUUCUGUCAAAGGCAUAACUCUCUCUCAAACUAUGAUGGAUAUUGUGCGAAUGUCACCAUUGAAUUGGGAGGUGAGUCUAAACAAUCAAUGCAUUAAGCCACAAGAGGAGUACAAUUGCAUGGCUGGUGAAUGUUUGUCAUUAGGAGUAGCAGUUUGGAAUCAUCUUAGCAGACCGUUACACAAAUUGUGUCUAUCCGUUCAAUUCUAUCAGGAUUAUAAUAAUGGUGUGCUUAACUACAAACUAGAUAACAGAGUUGCAACAGCUGGAAAUAACAAGGUAGUACUGACAACACUACUAGAAUCGGCAAAGGCAUAUCAUGAAUGUACUGUUGUGUUUUUAACACCUGGCGAGUACAAAAUCGACAUCCAAUGCUCAACUACAGAACCUAUAUUAGAUGAAGUCCCACACAUCAAAGAUACAAACCAAGUGCCCGUACAGUCUUGCGCUAGUGAAAUAAGUCAUGUUUGGAGGUUUAUACCUCCAGUAGCGAUUAGUGUCACUGAUUAGAGUAAUCGUGUACUGUCAUUAUUUAUUGAAACGUGUACUGCUAACCCUGUAAUUCAAAUCUCUAAACAAUAUAUAAAAAAAACAUUAUAAACGAUUAAAGCUUAUUUAUUCAAA